GCUUAUGAUGAGAAUCCAGGACACAGCUUUAAAACAUGGCUGCUGAUUUGGACUAAUGAAUGUCAGACUAUGCCAGAAUACGUGAUGACCUCUGGAACUGUUAUAAAAGCUAUAAAAGACCAAAGUCCAGGAAAAAAAACUAUGGCUUAAUUUCACUGCUCUGCAGAUGGUGGAAGAGUAGUCCAAAGUAAUCUUUUCUCUUCUAAGGAGAUGCGAUGUCACAUCACCUUCUCCUGAGACAGGAGUGCGCAUGACGCAGGUGUUUGCUGAAGUUUUCAGCCGUGAGAGCUGCUCACAACUCCGCAGACCGAGGGAGCACGGGAGGCGCUGUAACCAGAUCCCGAGUCUGUUAUUUCACCUGCCCGUGCUGUUUCUAAACACAUUCAUGUCUUUUGAGGUCGGUCGGGAAGUAUGAAGAGCGUUUUUCUUCGCUACGUUUUUCUCUGGGUGACGUUACAGCUGAUUGCUGUACCUGCCACAGUGCUGAACUGCUGUGAGGGGGACAUUCUCCUUUUGCUGGACUCCUCGGGAAGUAUAGCAAACUAUGAAUUCUCCCAUCUGUUGUUCUUCGCCGCCGACCUGCUCCGUCCCUUUUCACUGGGCCGCGGGCAUGUGAGAGUGGGGUUGCUGCAGGUGGGCACCGACCCUCACCUGGAGUUCGGCCUCGAUGUCCACAGCAAUCAGGAGACUCUGCAGUCGGCCAUGCAGGGCGUCAGGCAGCUGAAAGGAGACACCAACACUGAGGAGGCGCUCAGCGUUGCCCUUGAGCUGCUGACGGAGACGGAUGUGAAAGUGCCAAAGAUUCUCCUGUGGCUGACUGACGGAGUACAGCCUGGUGACGUGGACAGACCAAUGUCAGAGCUGAAGACUCGGGGAGUCUCCGUGUUAAUAGUGUCAACUGUACAUGGGAACUACCAGGUGCUAAAACGUGUGGUGACACCUCCGCUGGAGUCUCACUUAUACUCUGUGGACAUAGAUAACAUUGACAUCAUCACAGAGGACCUGAGGAAGGCCAUCAUAGAAAUCAUUCGUGCUGAACGGCUGCGUGUGGUUGAUUUGACCUCCCACAGCGCCGUGUUGCAGUGGCGCCCCGUUCUGAGUCAAGACAGUGGUUAUUAUGAACUCUGGUACAAGUCUGUGAGCAAACCAGGUCGUGAGAUUAGACGUACUUUAACGGGAGACUCCAGCAGGGCGGAGUUGAAAAAUCUGCAGCCUGACACGACUUACACAGCGUCCCUCCGCCCAGAGUCCAACCAGGCAGUGUUUAAUACACUCUCCGUAACCUUCACUACUUUUCCUGAUGUUUUAAGCCCAGCAGUCGUCUACCUGUCAGAUCAUGGUCCUCAUCAGAUCCGUGUAAGCUGGGGUCCUCUGCAGCCGGCUCGGGUACAGAGAUACACAGUGGAGUAUGGAGCUAUUCCUAGUUCACAUGUCCGCACUGUGACCUUAUCCAGGCAGAAAAAUUCAACCUUACUGACUGGCCUGGAGCCAGGCACUCAGUACCUGGUUACAGUCACUGCUCUGCAGGUGGAUGGAAAAGAAAGAGCUAUGUCUGUGAGAGCCUGCACACUGGCAGAAGCUCUGCCUGCUCUGAUCGACCUUCAGCUGGAACCAGUAAAACAAAGGGACUUGGAGGUGGAGGAGAUGCAAGUAAAGUGGCAAGCCUAUCAGGGAGGGUUAAGAGGCUACUGGAUCAAAUGGGAGACAGAAAAGCCCCACAGCGCCAGCUCCUCAAUGUACCUACCUCCUAGCUCCCGUUCAACGCGGCUCACCCAUCUUGCACCAAACAGUCGAGUGUGUGUGUCCCCCAUCUACAGCUCGGGCCGAGGAGAUGGGCUGUGCUGCACUGCCACGACUCACAGAGAUUCCAGCCAAUGGGGUUAACAACCAGUCUAAACCAAUCAGGCAGCCAAAGCAAAACACUCAAGCACUAAAUAAGCUGUAUGCGAAUAUUUCAGCUUUUUCAACAACUCCACCACCAACAAAGAUGAACAGAAACACAUGCCACGUAAUUAAAUCUUUUUUCCUGGCAAUGCGGGAAGACAAUAUGCCACAUGAGUAUGCCAAGGAGCUUGAAAAGAAAGUGACUGGACUCUUUUAAGUUGUAGUUGCUUUCCUUUCCAAGCUCCUUAGAUUACUAUGACCUUGCUGACUGAGAACCUACACAGACAUGCCACAUGAGUUUAUCCAUAUCAGUCAGAGGUAUCGGUCACAGAUACAUGCAUGUACAUAGACCCACAUACAGCUGUGCUCAGAUAUUUACAUACAUGUCAUGGUCAUUUGGGACUUUUAAUCAUUUCUAUGAACUGUUCUUUUUCCAGGGUGGAAUGAUUAAACAGAAUACACCUUUAAUGGCUUUAAAAAGUCAAGAACUGAGUGCACAAGCUUGAAAUUAUUUUGGAUUUUCUUUAAUCUACACACGGUCAAAAGUAUACAUACACCCUGACUCAUAUUCUGUUGUUUUUCUACCCAAGUUGAAACUUGAAAAUAAACAACGACAACCACUUUUAA